ACAAUAACAGGAUGAUUAAAACUCUAUUAAAUUAUUAUGCUUACAAUAAACCGAAACUGUACUAGUAAAUAAACGAAAACUAAACAUAUUUUUUACUUGGAAGGAAAUGUUCAAAUGACGCGACUUCCUUAUCACAAAACGAAUGACAAAAGGAAAUGGUCAGUUUAGUUGAAACACUCGUUAAUAAUGUUAUUGAAAUUUAUUUUAGUUUUGACACCUUUGUUUGCGAAAGUUGUUUCAGUAAAAUAUAUUUGUGUGUCGGAUAAACCAAGUGAAAUUUUACGAUGGGACAUAAAAAAUUCUGGAAAAGAGCCUUCAUCGAAAUCUCAUUAUAUUAGUCCCAGAUGGAAAUUGGAAAUGCCUGAAAUAAAUGUGUAUGAAAAUCGUAUUGCGAAAGAAAAUGUAAAUAAAAUUAUUACAGAUGAACGAUGGAUUGAUCUUCCAGAAGUAAAAAAUAUAUCUUUUAAUAAAAUAUGUAGUUUUUCAAUGAAAGGAGUUGGAAUCGUUAAUAUUACGAAUAAUGAACAUACAGUUAUUGAAACAAUAAAUUUUGUCGAUGAAAUUGGUUCAGUAGUCAACGAAAAAGUUACAUUGUUGACAACUGCCUCCAAGUGGAAACACGUAUCCAUAAAAUAUAAUUUGCAAAAUGAUACUAUACUAAUUAGUGGACCAGAGUUCAUCGUAUUUAUUUCAAAAUCAGGUCAAUAUAUUACAGAAACAGGAUACAUUAGAUCAGAUAGUAUUAUGAAGUUGCAUAUUCGCGAAAGCAUUGUAACACAUACACCCGGUAUAUACAACUUCACAUUCGGGAGACACGACGAAUUUAAAAGGUACCAUUGUGUAUCAAUGUACGUAUCCACAUGUACAACUUGUUCGAUGAGAAUUUCCCUAAUAAAUGAAAACAAUAUAAAACAUAUUACCGAAUCAUCAAGUGAAUGGACAUAUGCAAAAAUUUGCAGCGAUUAUCCCUUAGAGCAUGAUUUCAUUCUUCAAGUUGAUUUGAAGAAUCAUUAUUUGGAUUAUUAUUGGAGUUUUGAUUACUUACACCUUUGCAAUGAAAAUGAUCAACGAUAUAUUGAACAUGAAACUGAAUAUUUUGAAAACGUAACAUGUAUAGAAGGCUAUAAAGAAAUGAAAGUUGACCCUAAUCAAACUAACAUUUAUGAACAACAUUGUGGCAAAGAAAUAUUAAAAGAGUGUUUAAAUGUUGAUGUAUGUCAUAUUUGCUGUCGGGGGACUUGCUACAUUGUUGAUCAAUAUUCUAGAACUGACAAAUUAGUAACUGCGAUUGCAGUCCUUGGAUCACUGUUCAUUACCUUAUUAAUUAUAAAUGUGGUUAAAUUUUGGUGUUUUUAUAGAAGUAGGCCAAAUAAACAUCCAGAAAUUGAAGUGAACCAUUAUACACAGCCAAGUACUUGUCAUGAAUACGAGUACAUAAUGGAACCGAAUGUGUUUUAUCAAGCUCAUUGAAUUACAUAUGAAUAAUUUACUUUAAUUUACUUUAAAUUAAUUAAUUUAAAUAAAUAAAAAUUGAUUUAAUCAUU